UACAUUCCCGCCGUUCAUCACCGGACUUGUCCAACUGUUCUGUACCCUGUACAUACACUCUCACAACACUCUUCGCUAUAUCUAUCAUGUCUGGCAAAGUCGGCGGAAAAGCCAAGUCUGGUGGCAAAGCCUCUGGUGAAUCCUCGUCCAAGUCCCAAUCCCGCUCAGCCAAAGCUGGCCUUCAGUUCCCUGUCGGUCGUGUCCACCGUCUCUUGAAGAAGGGAAACUACGCACAGCGUGUUGGCGCCGGCGCACCUGUCUAUCUUGCAGCGGUACUAGAGUACCUUGCCGCUGAGAUCUUGGAACUCGCUGGUAAUGCAGCCCGGGACAACAAGAAACAGCGUAUCGUUCCUAGACAUUUGCAACUCGCCAUCCGAAACGACGAAGAGCUGAACAAGCUCCUUGGCGACGUUGUCAUCUCGCAGGGUGGUGUCGUUCCUUUCAUCAACCCCGAGCUAUUGCCCAGCAAAACUUCAAAGGGCAAGAAGGAGAGCCAGGAAGUUUAAUCUUAUUCGAUUUAGACUGCAUUAUUAUCGGUGUUGGGUAUCGGAUGUAUUUGUAUUUUUUUUAUAGUACUCGGUCUUCUAUAUCAUUUUCUUUCACUCUGGAAUCAUUUCGUUGAUUCUGGUCUCCUGGCACCGUCUGAUUUUCGCGGCAGCUUGUCACGUGCGCGUGUCUCGUCCGACUUUUACAAGUUCACCAGUUGAAUUUGGUUCAGUUGGCUGCGUUUUAGAAGUUUUUCGUCGUGUACCACCGCUGCAAAACUUCCUCAUUAAUUGGAUCACUUGAUUUUCACUCCUUACCCUCGUU